CCCAUAAAAAGUCUGGAAAACCAGAUUGGUCCAUUUCGAGACGGAAGCUGCCUUGUUUACCUUUUCCAAAAUGGCGGCGGGGAUGUAUUUGGAGCAUUAUUUGGACAGCAUAGAAAACCUUCCCUUCGAGCUGCAGAGGAACUUCAACUUGAUGAGAGAUCUGGACCAACGCACAGAGGACCUAAAGGGACAGAUUGACUCUCUGGCUAAAGAAUACACCUCCAACGCCCGGACUCUCUCCUCAGAGCAGAAACUGUCCCUACUGAGGCAGAUUCAACAAUCCUACAGCAAAUGCAAGGAGUUUGGAGAUGAUAAGGUGCAGCUCGCUAUGCAGACCUAUGAAAUGGUCGACAAACACAUUCGCCGCCUCGACACAGACCUGGCUCGAUUUGAAGCUGACCUGAAGGAAAAGCAGAUUGAGAGCACCGACUACGAUUCCACCUCCAGUAAGGGGAAGAAAGAUGAAACAUCUGAUGCAACGUCUGAUGUCACACGAGACUCCAGGCAGAAGGAGAAGAAAGCCGCCAAAACAAGAUCUAAAGUGAAGAGCUCCGACGAAGAUGGAAGUCCCAAGAGUGCACAGAAGAAAGUCAAACUGUUUCAGCAAGGGGAAUUCAACAGCCCUUCCUCCAACUUUGGCAACGUGCACCCAUCUGAUGUGCUGGACAUGCCCGUGGACCCCAACGAGCCCACCUACUGUUUGUGUCAUCAGGUGUCUUACGGCGAGAUGAUUGGCUGUGACAACACCGACUGCUCCAUUGAGUGGUUCCAUUUCGCAUGUGUGGGCUUAACAACCAAGCCACGGGGGAAAUGGUACUGCCCACGCUGCUCUCAAGACAGAAAGAGAAAGUGAUUCACCUGGUCACUCUGGAACAAAACACAAAGCUCCGUUUGAUGGAAUAUGAGAAAAAUAUUUUUUUUGUUAACACAACUUUUGUUUAACAUCUUUGUUUUACAUUUGGUGCUUUACUCUUUGGUUUACACCCUUGGCUUGUUCUGAUGCAGUGUGUGAAGAGGCCAGGCGGGUACAAAUGUAUUUAAGUUGUUUUUUUCUUUAUGGAUUUUUUUUUAUGGAUAACUGUUUUUUUUUGUUUUAUAUUUAGUUAUCUUUGGUGCUCUUAUUGUGACUUUUUCUCUCUUUUUUUUUAUCCACAUAACUAAUAAACACUACAUCUGCCCAUUCUGAUUUUGUAGUUGUAGCUAUGAUACACAAUACUGUAUUCACAUGAUAUUCACAUGUACAACUGAAAAGUUUCCACAUAUUCUUAAUGAAAAUGAGCCUUGGAUGUUUUUUUUUUUUUUUCUUCCUGUAUCGUUAGCUUUCCGUUGUUUAAAUUUGAAACACAAUUUUUAGACACAUCAAGAUGACAAACCCUUUUUUGUGACCGCAUUAGAUAUAUGUGCUAGUGAACUAACCCAUUUUCAUUUAACAUUUUUUUUUAUGAGUGCUACGUAGAAUAUAAACUAAGACAUUUCUUGAAAAGUAUUGUCAUUUUCUGUAGCUGAAAUAUUGGUGCCGGGGUGUGGGGAUGAUUGGGCUGUCAAUCAUUUCAAUACAGCUACUACCUCAAAAAACA